GCAAGUCUGCGAAAGCAGAAGAUGGUCCUCCUCCUGACCUUGACUCGUCUUGGCUCCUGUAAGGAAGUUUGCCUUUAAAAGCGCAGGAGCGGAACGGGACAACACGGAGUCAGCGCAGCGGGAUUCACGACUGCACCAAACAUGAGCUCUUCACGCGGCGUGGGACUUUAUUUGACGCUUUUACUCGCUCUUCUGUGCGAAGCAUCGGAAGACCCUACCCUGCCGGUCCAAAGGGAAGUUACUGAUAUUGUGGUUGAUGAAGCAGAUUUCCUUCAGAAAGAGUUGCCGCUUUCCCCUGAGGAACUGGACUUUUUGAUGAUGCAGAGACCGAUCAUCCCUGACCUUUCCAAAGUGAUGGUUGCAGACUCUUUAGACGUGACCCAGAGAGAAGCCACAAACUUUCACCCUGAGAAUGUCCCAAUAGGUCACCAAGUGUUUCGCCCUCGCUCCAUGGGUCCCUUGGACGGACCAGAUGUUGAUUUCCCCCCAUCCUUUCCAAAUGCAGGCAACCUGAAAGAUAUCUGUCAGUUUAGUAAAGCUCCGGUCAGGUACCAAAAGGACAUGCUUCCUUCAACUGGCUUUGGCUAUGCGGUUCGACAGGCUGAAGCUGUCAAUCAACUCCAGUCGUGGUACAGCGUCUGCUGUGGCAUUAAUGGAUCACAGGAAGUGAAAACCUGUUGUGCUGAACAAGCGUGGAAGAAGAGUCUGUCUGCCUACUGUACUCAGGAAUUCUCCAUUAAGACCAGUCACUACUUCUGCUGCAAGAAGAACGGGAAGGCCAGAUGGAGCUGUUUUGAUAAGGAGGCGUCAGAUUCUUCAUAUCACGUCUCGUCCGAGGUCUCAAAUGUCAAAACUCCUCAAAAGAUCAGAGGCUUCAAAUUUAACUCCCGCACUUGCAAAGGCUCAUUGGUGGCUUCUCCGAGAGCGCCUAGGAAGCAGCCUAAAGUUCUAGACUUCAACUUUCCACCUGGCCGUCCCGACUCCUCCAACAUAGAACAAAUCUGCACUCAUCACAAGAUCCGACCACGAUACUUCACCAAGUGUCUCCCUUGCACUGGCUAUGGCUGGCUGGUCCGUCAGUCGAAGGCCAUCAAUCUCCUGGAGAGAGAAUAUAACCAAUGCUGUCAGGAGAAAAAGGGCGAACGACACUGUGCUGAAAAGAAGUGGAAGAAGAUGGUGGACAAGUUUUGUAAAGAUGAGAAAAAAACCAAAGGACCAAAGUUUGAGUGUUGUGGAGAGAAGAAGGGAGAAGAGCAGUACAGCUGUUUUGCAUCUGCUGCUCCAGAUCCGGGAUACAACUCCACUGAUCGAGACCUCGACACUGCUGUGGCUCCAGCAACUCUCCAUGACUUAUGUGAUACACAUACAGCCAUCAAGAGCAUGAAGGGUUUCCCGUUCUCAGUAGAUGAAAUGGUUGAACGGUGCUGUCCUCUAGUGUUACAGGAGAGACCUGCAUGCAUAGAGGCCGAGCUUGACAGCCAAAUGAAUGAUAUGUGUAAAACGGAGGAGCUGGUGAAGCCUCAUUGUUGUGAAGCCACGAUCAAAGACCGUGCCAAAUGUGCCACAAAACUGCUCCUGCGAUAUAUUGGCAAGGCAAAUCAAGUCAAAUAUAGUGGGAGGAAGAAAUGCCCCCUCAUCAUACAGUUUCAACCGUUACUGUGA